UGUGUGUGUGUGUGUGUGUGUGUGUGUGUGUGUGUGUGUGUGUGUGUGCGAAGGUGAGCGACAAGAAAAAAAAGAGAAAAAACCUCGUGCAACCGGGGAGCAAAGCGUCCUCAUUCGGCGGCCAACCGAUGAUAUUUUGAUGAAUGUUGUGAUAGAACUGUCGUUAGAAAGUGAGUGUGAAGAGAUACUUACCUGGUGGAAGUGCAGUCUAUCACGGGAGCGACUCCGAAAGAGUGUUUCCUCAAGUUUUUCUGAACUAUUCUGGCUGGUUUUUUGAGGGACGAGUUCUUCAAUUCAGCUGUGAUCCAUAUCACCCGCCAUGCUGCAUGGAGGCUCUUGGUUCAUCGGGACCGCAGUGUGGACAUCAGUGUGGUAGGACAAGGCUCAGUCCUGAAGAGUGACACAUUUAGUUGAGAUCUCAGUGUUUUUGGUUUAUUUUUUUUAUCUUUUGCUAAAAAACAAAUUGACAAGGGAACCUAAAGAACUAUUUUUCCUUGGAGGACCCUGAAAGACAAUAAAUAAACUGAAACAGACAACGGAAACAGGGAAAAUAAGGACAAUUGAACCCAUUACAGGAGGGAAAGAAUUUUUUUCUAUAUCGGUACUUACCUGGGUCAGCUAAUUUUAUUUCAUACUGUGAAUUUAAUUUAUGUGGAAAGAACUGCAUUUCAUUUAAUGAGCGUAAGGCUGAACAUUUUAUGUUUGAGAAAAAAUUGAAUAUUCGAAUAUAUAUAUAUUUAUACCACAUUUUGUGUUGUGUGUUAUGUGGGCUGGAGAUCAAUUGCUCUCAUGCUUCAGUGCUACUGCCAAUCUACUUACCCGAACCUAGUUGAUCAGACGGAACCCGAGGAGACUGAGAAAAAGUAUCUGGAGCUGCGUUUCAACAGAGCGACACGUCUGCUGGGAACUGUGCUCUUCAUUGUUCAGACUAUCCUCUACACUGGAAUCGUCAUUUAUGGCCCAGCACUAGCUUUAAGCCAAGUUACUGAUCUGGAUCUGUGGAGUGGAAUUAUUUCAACAGGCAUUGUCUGUACUCUUUACUGCACAUUGGGUGGACUGAAGGCAGUGGUGUGGACUGAUGUGUUCCAGAUUGGAGUAAUGCUUGCAGGUUACCUUGCUGUCAUCAUCAGGUCUGUGAUCUCACAAGGAGGAGUCGUAACCGUCAUUUCAGAUUCACAACAAGGAGGGAGACUCAACCUUUUGGACUUUGACAUAAACCCUCAGAGAAGACACACUUUUUGGACCACUGUCAUUGGAGGGACAUUUGGCUAUAUCACAGUCUAUGGGACUAACCAAUCGCAGGUUCAGAGAUACGUCUCCUGCAAGAGCAUCACUCAUGCCAGAGUAGCACUGUACAUCAACCUGUUAGGUCUGUUCUCCUUCUUGUUGGGCUCAGUGUUUGCAGGAAUGUGCCUCUACUCAGUCUAUAAGAACUGUGACCCAUGGACAGCCGGACUGGUUUCUGCUCCCGAUCAGCUAAUGCCAUAUAUGGUGAUAGACAUGUUGACAGACUAUCCUGGCCUUCCCGGACUAUUUUUUGCAUCAGUAUAUAGCGGCUCUCUAAGCACAGUGUCUUCCAGCAUCAAUGCAUUGGCUGCAGUGACACUAGAGGACUUUAUCAAACCAUACACUAACAUGUCUGAGAAACACCUGUUCUGGAUGUCCAAAGGACUGAGUUUCUUUUAUGGAGUUUUAUGCAUUACCAUGGGUAGACUGGCCUCAGUCAUGGGAGGGAUGAUGCAGGCAGGUGUCAUUGUCAGUGGGGUCAUUGGAGGUCCUUUACUUGGCCUGUUCACAUUGGGUAUCCUCUGUCCAUUAGCCAAUUCCAAAGGAGCUUUGUCAGGCCUUGUGUCAGGGUUGGCUGCAUCCUUGUGUGUGAGCCUUGAAGCCCUGAUGUACCCUUCCCCUCCUACAAUGACCCGACCUCUGUCACUGACCACUGAAGGUUGUAACUUCACCACGACACACAGCCUCAACUGGACCACCACUGCUCUGCCCACAGAAUCAAGCUCCAUCACCACAGCCCCAUUACAGAACAGCGAUAACAAACAACUGGCAGAAAACUGGCACUCUCCUUCCUACCUUUACUUCUGUCUUAUUGGAGCUGUAACUUCUGUCAGUGUAGGAGUGAUAGUCAGCCUGUUUACAGGAGGCUGGAGGGCCAGGGAGGAAUCAAGGCUUUCAUUUAUGAAAGAAGACACAACUACUUAUCACAUAUUCUUGUUUUUUAAAAACAGAGUCAUGAGACGAGCAGGAAAGCAUCACCUGACAAAGAAUGGAGAGAAGAAAGUUGGCAACAUAAAUGCUGCUUUCUGUGACACUGAGAUGGCCUUUACAGGCAGCAUUCCCACAUUCAUUCCCUCUAAUGGAAACUAUUUUUUGUAAUUACAAAAAAACAGGAUAUCCCUGUUUAAAAAUGUACAUCUGCAUGUUGUUCUCAUUAUAUAUUAGCUAUUAAUUAUAGGUCUGAUGUUUUAAGGAAUUAUUUUUUCCAGUUGGAAAAUGUGUUUGAUCUCUCUCUUAAAUGCCUUUAAAUAUUGUGACAUUUCUCUUAAUUAGUAUGUUUGUUGCCCUUACUGCUUUUAACACAAAAUUGAACACCUGCACAAUAGCUUAAAUAUAUCUCACAGCCAGAGGGUGCUGCUGAUUUGUUAUAUGAGGCACACGAGCUCUUCCUUUGGAUACUUGGAUUUGAAGGGAGGUACCAUUACGACACCUGUUAGUGGUCUGCAUUGGUACAGGGGGCAGACUGAUGUUUUCCUUCUGGAUAGAAACAAUGACGCAGUAACACCAGUACUACAAAGACAGAUUUAUGAAGGAAUGGUGUUGUUUGACCAUUCAUGUUCAUUAAUUAAACUGUGUCAUACACAGCAGUUGUAGGCCACCACAGCAAGGAAACAUGACAUAUUGUAUCCCAUCGCAAAGAGAAAAACUGUAAUAAAAAAC